AUGGACGUCCUCAAGAGCUCUUACUUGUUGGUUUUAUUAUUAUUUCGGUUGAGUAUCUCUUCGGGACAAUCGGAUUUGGCAAAGUUCAUUUAUGAUUUUUGCCGUCGCCAUUCCAUCAACUAUUUCUCGUUUGUGGGCGACCUCGACGGUCCAACCUCGUUGAUCCAGCACUUAUUGAAGGACUCCAAUUUGAAGUCACUCUAUCAGUCGCGGUUUUAUCCUAACCUUCAUGAGAGAUCCGUAGCCAAGACUUUGAAUAUAGCUUUGAGCAACUUGACCACCAAAGCCAACUUAUUGGAUCGGAUGGAAUUGAAGCUGAAGAGAGAUUUCUGGUUGGUCCAAAUUCCACAUGAAGAAACUGUGGAAAGUUAUCUGAAGGACCUCCCAUUGGAUCUCGACGACGAUUUCUUUUCUUUCUACAUUGAGACUGACUCGACGAUCCGGAUUCAAGAAGCAUAUAAACUAACAAACGAUAUGGAACCCAUCACACUAUACUUUGGGUCUUGGACCCUUGAAGGUCUCAACGCAUCGCCAAUGGAGAAAUGGGAUCGUCGGGGAGACCUUGGGGGAAUGGAGUUCAAGAUCUCGGGAGCUUCAUCCUCACCGUAUGUCAAGGUCUUGGAAAAACCUAACGGAGAGGUAGAGAUGUCAGGGAUGUAUUUGGAGAUAUUUUACAGCCUGGAGGAAGUCAUGAACUUCACUCACAUCUUAAAUCUUCCCACUCCAAGAGAAGAAUGGGGGAUCAAGAAUUCAGAUGGAUCUUGGACCGGGAUAAUAGGUCAAAUACAAAGAGGAGACAUUGAUUUUGCUCCCAUUUCCUUCACUCGUACCAAACUCAGGAGUGAAGUGGUGGAUUUUGCUCUGCCGAUUGCCCAAUUCCAUCAUCGUUAUUUCGUGCAAAACCCCCGGGAUUCGUUCAACUGGUUCGCUUAUGUGGAACCUCUGACAUCAAAAGUUUGGCUCACCAUUGGCCUUCUCUCCUUGAUCUUUCCCCCUUUCCUGACCUUUUUGGCAUUCAUGCCUUACAUUUCCACAGAAGAAGAGCGCCAAGAGUUCACCCUUUGGAAAUCAUUCGUCUUCGUCUUGAGCACUCUCACCUUUGUCAGAGGGUUGAGUGUCACCCCCAAUCAAGCUAGGAAUCGACUUGUGUUUCUGGGCAUCUUAUUUGGUGGGACCGUCAUCUUUUGGCAUUGGGAGGCCAUGAUCAUAUCCUAUUUGGCAGUUCGGAUCCCUGCUCUCCCAUUCAACAACUUGGAAGAGCUCCUCUCCCAGACGAAUAAGAAGAUUUUGAUCAAGCCAGGGUCAGCGUAUGUUGACGAUUUUCGAUACAGUCUGGAUCCACUUAUCCAAGAGGCGUGGAACACGAGGAUCAGAGAAUACUUGCACUCCUACCCCAAUAAUCGAGACGAGCUCACCGAUUUGGUCGCCAAUGAUCCAGACUACGUGUUGUAUGACAACUUCUAUUCCAGCCGCACGUAUGGCGCUUAUCGGCGAUGUCAGAUCAUUGAUGUUCCACAAAUUUACGACCAAAAAGUGUUUGCGUAUGGCUUUCAAAAGAAUUCGCCUUUUCUGCCAAUUUUCAAUUUUCACCUCAAGCGUAUGUUGGAACGUGGAAGUAUGAAUCAGGUGGUGGAGAAGUAUCUGAGCGUAGCCGGCCAACAAUGUCAGGACCUAAGUGGAGCACCCUUGGGGUUCGAGAAUUGUUUCACGGCUUUCCUACUUUUCCUCAUUGGGUGUCUCGUAAGCGUGGUCAUCAUAUUUGGAGAGUAUUUCGCUCGGUUUUUGGAGCCCACGAGCGAUGCUGCUGCCAUGGACGAAUCCGAUUUCUAUGAGAGCUUGAAUCGAAUCGAAUUGGUGAAUGUUUUGAGACAUCGCGACCGUUUCAUCGCCAAACUGAAGAGACUUGUCCAUGACUCUGAUUCUUGAGAAAGUCAAUAAUGACCGUUCUUAUCGAUUCAAAAUUGAAAUUAUGAUCGAAUUGUUCAAAUACGAAGCUCCAUAGCAAAGCUAAAGUCAACAUCAUUUUUCUGUCACUGCUGACGCUUUUAUGCGGGUGUGUACGUACGUAUAUGCCAUUAGUGUUGACUUUCAAAUUGUGUGCAUUGAACAUACAUGCAAGCACGCAGAUCGACCAUCAACGUCAUCGUCUACAAAUUCAAAUGCAGGAGAUCUCAUCACAUUCGAGGAUGAAUGGAUGGAUGCUCUUCCUCUCGUCGCCAUGAAUGAAGUCAAGGGUGACCCUGAUUGUUCAUUCAAUAAUUCAUCUCUGCUAGAAGUGAGGCGUACAUCAAAAUGCGGGUUAGACAAGGGUUGCAGCUCGUUCAUCUACGUUCAUCAUCCCUUACUAGCUAGACGCAAAAGUGUCAGAACUGCCAACAAAAAUAGCCCUGAUCCGCGAGGAUUAGGGCGGAAAUCGUGUCAGUUCCCCAUCGCCGGAUUUACGGUAGUCCCAAGUCUGGUCGGUGCCUUAAGCAUU